UUGUAUUUGCCACUGGCCACGUCACCUGCCACAAGUUUUUUAUUUGCCAUUGGCCACGUCACCUGUAAGGAUACUACUGUAUUCCUAAUAUGUGUUUCAAAAAGUAUACUUGUGUUUUGGAGUACUAUCAGUUGAUUGUGUUUAAUGUUCCUUUGCAGGAGAACAAAUCACCACUAGAUGGAGGUCUCUCCGUGACCGUUUUAGGCGGGAAAUAACCGACGACGAGAAAACCAGAAGUGGAGCUGGAGGAAGGAAAAAAAAGCAUGGUCCAUUUCAUGAGAUGCUCCUAUUUUUAAAAAAUGUCAUGGACGUAAACAGCACUGCCAGUAACAUCUCGGGGAGUGAGGAGGAAGUAGACAGUGAUGCAGAGGAUACCAUUCAGGAGGCUGCGGGGGAUAUGCCAUUGUCAGAGGCCAAUCCAAGUCCUGAGGUGAACACUAAUCCAGCCACCGAGAAUACCCCACGUGUGCCUAUACGUUCUGUACAGACUUCAAGGUCUAAACGCCACCCGAAAAAAAAGGACAUGGAUGCAGCCAUGCUCACGUUCAUGGAGGACAUGAGGGCGAUGAGAAAGGAUGUCCCUGAAAGGAAGGAUCCGUUCUUGGAUCCUACUCAUGUCAAUGCCAACUUUCUCAGAAACAGUCUGUUUUUCUUGGACCAAGUUCCGGACGAGCGGAAAAUUGAGGUCCAUCUUGCCAUUGGCAACUUCACGGGGGCGUGCGUCCAAGCUGCUCUGGCAGGUGAACCCAUGCCGGUGUUCACAAGGCAGCAACAAAGGCCUUAUCAACCAGAGCAAACACCACAAUUGCACACCUACCAACAACCCUUUAGCUCCCACCAUCCCCGUGCCCCAGCCACCACUACCCAGAAUCUCCUACCCCUACUUCGAGAACCCACCAAUGACUCCUCCACUUCCCAGCCCACCACUUCCCAACCUUUUACUCCUUAUCCAUAUUCCCCUUCCCCUAGACCCUUUUACCAUCAACUUCCUUAAUUUUACUUUUAUUUUGUUAUUUUAUAAUUCCCAUUUCCAGUCGUCCCGUUGGCAAAAUGUCUAAUAUUAACCUAUGUUUCUUAUGUUUUACUUGUUCUUUAUGUAUGGUGUGGUCAAAAUAAAUAUUAUUGACUGCUUGAAA